UGCACAUUACGUCACAUUGAUAAACAGUUUUAUUUCGACAAAGUUGAUAUGUAUGAGAUUAUGAUAUAUUUGAGUUGAAUUAACUAGAGGUUCUCCUGGUUCUUUUCGCGGAAUAGCAAUAUUGAAUGAGAGGUUACUUCUACAGUCAGUAGCAGUUAAAGAACUGAUAACAUGCAGAACUACGGUAAAGCAAUAAAUACUUCUUUUGUACAAUAUCCGACGGGGAUCGCUCUUAUCACAGUCACAGGAGUGGGGCUCUUUGCUCUGCGUAAAUGGCUGGCUGGAGGGGUGUGUACGAGCACAGCCCGGCUGGACGGGAAGACUGUCCUUAUCACCGGAGCCAACACUGGGAUUGGGAAAGAGACUGCAGUUGACAUGGCUAGCAGGGGGGCGAGGGUUAUUCUGGCCUGCAGGGACAUGACAAGAGCCAAUCAAGCUGCAGAGGGCAUCAGGAAGAGGAGUGGCAAUGGGAAUGUGAUUGUCAAAAAGUUGGACUUGACAUCCCUACAGUCGGUGCGACAGCUAGCCAAAGAGAUCCUGGAAAGUGAAGAGAGACUGGACAUCCUUAUUAAUAAUGCAGGUAUCAUGAGCUGUCCAAAAUGGCAGACUGAAGAUGGCUUUGAGAUGCAGUUUGGUACCAACCACUUAGGCCACUUUUUAUUGACAAAUUGCCUUUUGGAUCUCCUUAAGAAAUCAGUCCCAAGCCGUAUUGUCAACGUCUCCAGUUUAGCUCAUGAAGAAGGCAAGAUCUAUUUUGAUGACAUAAACUUAGAUAAAGAUUACAGUCCAUGGAAAAGCUACCGGCAAAGUAAGCUAGCUAAUGUGCUCUUUACUAGGGAGCUGGCAACACGACUACAAGGAACUGGAGUAACUACAUAUAGCCUCCAUCCUGGAGUCAUCUGGACUGAGCUUGGUCGGCACUUCUGGCCCACCAUGCCCCUGUGGAAAAGAGCCAUCUACAAGACUCUUAGUUUUUGGCUCAAGUCCCCUAGAGAGGGAGCCCAGACCACCAUCCACUGUGCUGUAGAAGAAAGCCUGGCAGAUGUCAGUGGACUCUACUACAGUGACUGCGCCCCAAAAACUGUGGCCCUUCAGGGCCAGGAUGAUGCAGCUGCCAAGAAGCUGUGGGACCUGAGUGCCUCCAUGGUUGGUCUGGCAUGAUGGACCUGGUUACCACUAGGACUGGCCUAGCCUUUAGAAUGUUGACAUACAGUUGAAGUCAGAAGUUUACAUACACUUAGGUUGGAGUCAUUAAAACUCGUUUUUCAACCACUCCACAAAUUUCUUGUUAACAAACUA